UGGCUGCAAGGCAAAGGCUCCAGAGCUGGACUCCUGCCUAGUCCUGCCUACUCGCCACCCGUGGCAGCGCAGUUUGUCUUCUCUCCUGCCUGCGCUCGCAUUCAGGGGGAGCUGGUGGUGGCUGAUGCUUGUGCAGGCUGCGUGGGUUCUGAAAUGUCCUUCCUGCCUGACUUCGGGAUCUUCACCAUGGGCAUGUGGUCUGUUGGUCUUGGAGCCAUUGGUGCAGCUGUGACAGGGAUCGUCCUUGCUAACACCGACUUAUUUUUGUCCAAGCCAGAAAAGGCUACGUUGGAGUUUUUAGAGGAGAUAGAGCUAAAAACUUUGGGAUCAGAACAAAGAACAUUCAAGGCAGGUGAACUAUGGAAGAAGAAUGGUGCAGUGAUCAUGGCUGUGCGAAGACCUGGAUGAUUUUUGUGCAGAGAGGAGGCUUCUGAGCUCUCCUCUCUGAAACCUCAGCUGUCCAAGCUGGGUGUCCCUCUCUAUGCCGUUGUGAAAGAGAAGAUAGGGACUGAAGUGGAGGAUUUUCAGCAUUAUUUCAAAGGAGAAAUCUUUCUGGAUGAAAAGAAAGGCUUCUAUGGUCCACGCAGACGAAAAAUGAUGAUGUCAGGCUUCUUCCGCUUUGGAGUCUGGCAAAAUUUCUUCCGUGCUUGGAAAAGUGGAUAUAGUGGUAACCUGGAAGGAGAAGGAUUCACCUUGGGAGGAGUAUAUGUGAUUGGGGCAGGAAGACAGGGUGUUUUACUGGAGCAUCGUGAGAAAGAAUUUGGAGACAAAGUCAGCCUUCCAUCUGUCCUUGAAGCUGCUGAGAAGAUAAAACCACAAGCUUCAUAAGCGGAAAAAUAGUUGCAUGUGUUUCUGAUCACAGCUUGAAACGUAGAACGCAUCUGUUUUUUGAACAUGCAGUUUAAUUGCUUCUUAACUAUUUAGUGAUCAAUGCAGAGGAAAGAUUCUCUAUUCAAACAUAGAAAAUGGUGAAAAUCCUCCUGGAGCUUUUUUUGUUGCUUUGCAGCCUUUCACAUGGUCAGGAUUUCAACUGCUCUUUUGUGUCUGACUGUAUUAAUGAAAGGCUGGGUCUAAAAUCUGACCUAGCCUAGAUGUUUCCAGUCAGAGACAGUCGGUUGAAAACCUGUCUACCUAGGGGAGCAAAGCUCUGCUAAGGCUGGGGUAAUGGAGUACCAGCUGAGGUUGAAGGAUAAUAAAACUUCAUGUAAAUGAAAUGCCUUUGCUUUUUCCUUUUUCAUUAACAUGUAAACACAUCUGUGUUUCUAGAAGACUAAAUCCUGUCACUCUAGAUUAUUCUGAGAUUCUGCAUUCAAGACAUGCCACUGUGUCUACCCAGCAAGUUUCUUGUUAGUUAACUACUGGCUCUAGAUCUUCCAGCUCUUUGUGUGAUUCCGUGCAAGGAAGAUUGAAGACACUAAUGUGCACUUCAGAAGAUAAUUGUGGCAUGAGGGCAAGUUCCUUCUUGUGUUUAAGAUUCUUAAAAAAAAAAAAAGGGAACAGUAUCAGAGAGCAGAUUAGGUAGAGUUUCCAUCCUGGCUUGAGUUCUGCUGUAGAAUGGCUGGACUGUUGCUCCUAAAAAUAGAUGCAGUGUUGCACAAUAUGAUCCAUGAGAGCCAAUACCAUACGUAGCCAAAUAUAUGUACCUAGACUGAAGUAUGAACAGGACAGCAUGAAUUUUCCAAAUGUGCUGAUGUUUCAAUGUCUAAACAAAAUUUUAACAUUGCACUUAGGAUUAUUAAGUGUUGCGUAUCCUUCAUUAGCUGGUGUAUAUAAAAGGCUAGGUAACGUUGGAAAAAAUGUGUGGGCUAGAACAUACUAAGCCAGCAGAAGAAUUAAAGGGAAGGAUUCUUUUGUCCUGGCAGCAGGUCAGUCUGAACUGUUGUUCUGCUUGCUUCUGACUUUAAAAUUAAUGAAACCUUCAUGUAUUGUUGGUACUGAGGGCAGGGGUACUUUGCAUCUCUGACAUUUUGGUAAUAUGCCUGUUUUUGCUCUGUGUGCCAGUGCCUAUCCAUCUGUAUUGUUGAGCUGUGUGCAAAAAAAAUGGUCAUACAUGAUGCUGACUGUAUGAAACCUAAAUGCCAGAAACUCUAAAACUUCACAAACACUGAAGCCUGGCCUUGGUCUGUGUUAAGUCAGUUAUGCAGGCUUUAAAAUUGCAUCAUUAUGGAUGAAAUCCUGCUUUUUUUUUUUUUUUUAGUAUUUAUGUCCAGGCAGAGCUAAUUUUA